AACACCAAGGGGCUGGAGCACGGCAAGUACUGUCGCACUCCAGUGUUUAUUCCUCUGUCUUCCGUAUCCCGGCCAUUCCACCGGCCACCUCACUCCCACCAUUUCCACGCCAAGAGCCUUACUCUUUAAUUUUUGGUACCUGUCUCUGUUUCUCUUUAAUUUUUUCUGCCUUAAUUGUUUUUUCCCACACCUCAACUAGAAUACCCAUAUGCUGAAAAAUGGUUUGCGCCGUGGAAUUAAUUGGGAUUGUGUGUGGGUGGAUGUGGUAUCGGUAUAGUGUGCUAGAGAGUGGCGAGAGUCGGGAAGCUUGACGCCGACGAUGGCGGAAGUUGCAGCUUUCGUCAAACCGAAGCCGCGGCCAAUUAUUCGGAUCGGCCUUUUUCUCAUUUCUCAGAGUCUUUUAGUCAGCAUCAUAUGUUGCGUAGCUGGAGUUUUAGCUCUCCUGCUUUUGCCUGUUCUCGCCAAGAACACUUAUAUCUCAGAGAAUGCGUUAAUGCCUGGUUCUGCAAGCCCUAUGCUCUCUAGUGCUGAUGCUUCAGAUGGGCAUAUAUUUCUAAACAAGAUAAUGAGUAUGGAUUCAACUUCUACCAACACUGGCACUGAAAUUCCAGAGAUGAUAGGAAAGCACAUAAUAGAAUCAGGCGGUGAAGUUAAUUAUCACCAAAUCCAACCAAUAUCUGAUAAUUUUCACCCCCUGCAGUUUUUCUUGGGUCCUGAUGUCGGUAUAGUCCAAGAAAACUACAGUUGUACAUCUUAUGGGAUCAAUACUGUUGGAAUAGUAAGAGCUCCACGUGGUGAUGGGAAGGAAGCUAUUGUUAUACUAACACCUUAUAAUUCUGUCAAGACCACUACUAGUGAAGCAUUAUCUCUUGGCGUCGCAUACUCAGUCUUCUCUCUGCUUUCUCGAGUUAGUUGGCUUGCUAAAGAUAUUAUAUGGCUUGCUGCUGAUUCAAGACAUGGGGAACAUGCUGCAGUUGCUGCAUGGCUGAGAGAUUAUUAUGCUCUAUCACGCGGUGACUUGGAGAAAAAUCAGGAUAUGUGCGUUGCAAGUAGUGUUCUUGGGCAUGAAUUGACUUCUGUACAGAGAAAUGGGGUUUCUAAUGGUUUUCGACGUGCUGGCACAAUGGCAGCUGCACUUGUCAUUAAGGUCGCUGAUAGCAGCACAGGAUUUGAGAAGGAUGGUCUCAAGAUAUAUGCUGAAGCUUCCAAUGGGCAGAUGCCAAAUCUGGACCUCAUCAACAUUGUCAAUUAUUUGGCUGUGCAUGGACAGGGAUUACAAGUGAGGGUGGAGAAAAUUUGGUCUCUGCUUGAUUCUUGGUGGCUGUACAGCCUGGGUGAACUACAGGAGUUGCUCGGCAAGGUUGCUAAAAGCUUAAAUCCUGAUUGGAAAUUUGGCAUCCCUGCUUCUGACUACGUUGAAGGCUGCGCCACUCUUGCCAGUUCCCUUUACAAUCAGGCUUUAGGUGUUCCAACUGGUCCACAUGGAGCCUUCCGUGAUUUUCAAGUUGAUUCUAUUACUUUGGAAUUCUCGCCAAGGUUCUCGUCAAGUCAGAGGGUUCUGUUCCUUUUGCAUGUUGGGAGGUUGGUUGAAGGAGUCAUAAGGUCUGUGAAUAAUCUUCUCGAGAAGUUUCAUCAGUCCUUUUUUCUUUAUCUCAUGACAUCACCUAGUAGAUUUGUUUCAGUUGGGGUAUAUAUGAUUGCCUUUGCAUUGCUCAUUGCACCCCUUCCAUUGGUUGCUGCUGCUCUCUUUUCUGAUAAAUUGAAGUCUGGGAAGGAUGAUGUCAGUUUGGAACCAUCUCAUCCUGGUGAAUCAUUCCCAACUUUUACAGCAUGGAACUGGCUUCACACUGCAAAAACUGUUCUCAUUGUCCAUUUAUGGGGUGCAAUUGUAACAAUAAUUCCUUAUUUUCUCAGCCAAUUUCCUAAUUCCUCACCAUUAACCAACCUUUCGAUGUGGAUCGCGUCUUCAUUAGUCGGGCUCUUCUUCACAUGUGCAGCAUCUGGUUCUUUAUCUAUCUCACGUGCUAGCCAACUGCAAAUCAGGGAAUGGACUCUCCUUAAGGCUGUGACUGUUACUGCUGCUUUCAUAGGACUCUGUCUCAUGUCUGUGAUAAAUUAUGCAACAGCACAAAUCGGAGCCCUGCUACUAGUUCCGAUGUGUUUAAUGGCUGUACCCUUGAGGAUCGACAUGGCAGACAAAACGAUGAAGGCACUUCUCCGUGGAGCUUGUAACAUUUUAUUGGUAUUUGCUGGAUUUCCUCCAACUGCAUUUCUUAUGAUGAGAGGUGCAUUAGAUAGUUUCGAGAGAGUUAGAAUAGAUGACUUCUGGAAUUGGACCGAGUCCCUUAGGGCAUGGAACAGUGCUACUUACAUCUAUAUUUGCAUGGUUCAUCUCCCCUGCUGGGUUCUCUGUAUUCGCAUUUUACUACUUCGCCGUUGAGCUGUCCCAAACUCGUAUACUCCUCCCUCGUUGUAUCAGUUCAUUAGAUAUCAAGACAGUAUACAAUUAUUUUGCUUGAACCUUUGUAGUUUACUGGGUGUAUUUCAUACUAUCAGAUUUCAUGACAAGGGAGGAGCCACUCCCUCUUUAGGAACAA